AUGUCACAAGACAAGAAACAAAUUACAUUUUUUAAGAGCUUCUUAAUCGGAGGUACUGCUAGUUGUAUCGCAACAACAAUUGAAGCUCCAUUUAUAAAUGCCAAGUAUUGGGUCAAACUUCCUGUAUAUGAACUGAGCAAGAGUUACUCUGAAGUUUUGGUCAGUGUCAUAAAGAACCAUGCUCGUUUACGAUUGGCUCUUGAUUCUUAUAACUAUUCUACGGGCAAGCGUCAAUUCACAGGUCUUGGCAAUUGUAUCACUACCAUCUAUAAGAAUGAAGGUCUGAGUGCAUUCUACCGUGGUUUCGGUCUGUCUGCCACAAGUACCUUAGUAUACAGUGCCGCUUUCUUUGGUGGUUACGAUUCAGCCAAAGGAUUGCUCCUCAGCGAUCCAAAGAAUGCUAACUUAUUACAGAGCUGGGCAAUAGCACAGGUUGUCACUACUGUUGCUGGUGUCGCAUCUCACCCAUUCGAUAUGGUUAUGACUCGUUUGCAUAGGGAUUCUUCUAAUAACGAUAAACUCUACUCUGGUGUUGUUGAUUGCUAUAAAAAGAUUAUUAAAAGUGAGGGUGCAUAUACAUUGUUCAGAGGUGCUUUCACCAAUUCCAUUAGAAAUUCGGGAGCUGCGCUUGCUUUGGUAUUUUACGAUCAGAUUAAACGUGUUUUAAGAUAUGGCCAUUCUCAAACUACACUACAAGAAGAAAUAUUCUAUAAAUGUGAGCAAGCCAAAGAAUUUUAUUUAUUUAUUCAACAAGACAACAAAUUAAUAAUAGAAGCCUUAGAUAUCAAACAAACAACUCUAAUUAGACUUGGUGGAUAUUCAGUUUCGUCUUUGUAUAUUAUUUUAGUCUUGGUUAAUAAGUAUAAUAGUAAAGAAUAA